AUGUUUACUCUAGCUCUUUGGUUAGCUUUCUUAUUUGUAUUCACUACUGGUCUACAACACAAUCUAUUAACUACAUCUCGUCCCAAUUUUCUUAUCAUCGUUGCAGAUGACCUUGGCUAUACAGAUAUUUCACCCUAUGGAUCUGAAAUAUCUACACCCAACCUCGAAUCUCUUGCAUCAAAUGGUGGAACUCUUUUUACUGAUUUUCACACGGCCUCAGCAUGUUCUCCUACACGUUCGAUGUUGCUCAGUGGAACCGAUCAUCAUCUAGCUGGUAUCGGACAAAUGAGUGAUGUUAUACAACGCUAUCAGCAAAUUUGGGGUGGAAAACAAGGCUAUGAAGGAUAUUUGAACAAUCGAGUUGCCACUCUUCCCGAGAUCCUUAAAGAGAUUGGUGGAUAUCGAACAAUGAUGACUGGUAAAUGGCAUUUAGGAUUGACAAAGGAGCAAUUUCCAUCGAAGCGAGGUUUCGAAAAGAGUUUUGCGUUCUUACGAGGUGCCGGCAAUCAUUUCAAUUAUCAAGUUCGAACAACAGAAGAAGAUCCAAUAUUUUUCUUAAAGUCUUCGUUGUAUGCACGAGAUGACGAAUUUGUUAAUCAUACAACUUUGCCUAAGGACUACUAUUCAUCGGAUUAUUUUACAUCGGAAUUGAUUCAAUUUCUCGACGAAGAUGAUGAACGACCGUUCUUUGCCUAUCUUGCUUUCACUGCUCCACAUUGGCCUUUGCAAGCACCGAAUAAAUUGAUCAAGAAGUACAAAGGAAAAUACAAUGCAGGACCAGACGCAUUGCGUGCGGCUCGACUUGAAAGUCAACGGCAAUUGAGAUUGCUUCCUCCUGAUGUCAUCUCCGCAACGUUGCCGACGAACGAAAAGUCAUGGGCCUCGAUGUCGGACGAAGAACGAACGUUUUCGGCAAAAACAAUGGAAAUCUACGCAGGUAUGGUGGACCGAAUGGAUUAUAAUAUCGGUCGCCUGGUUAACUAUCUUCAUCGAACGAACCAAUUCAAUAAUACAUUUAUUCUUUUCAUCUCCGACAAUGGAGCAGAAGGAGCUGUUCUCGAGGCACUUCCACUUCAAUCGAUUGAUAAAAGUGUCGUAUACUUUGAUAAUUCCUAUGAAAAUAUUGGUACGAAAACUUCCUAUAUUUGGUAUGGUCCGCAAUGGGCACAUGCAGCAAUGGCGCCAUAUCGGUUGGCGAAAGGACACAUAACAGAGGGUGGAAUCCGAUGUCCGGCCAUUGUGCAUUAUAGUCCAUUGACGUCGACAUCGAGGAGAGUAUCACAUGAAUUUUCUACUGUCAUGGAUAUUCUACCUACCAUACUCGAAUUAGCCGGUGUGACACAUCCGGGUACAACAUUCCAAGGUCGGCAAGUCCUUUUACCCCGUGGAAAGUCUUGGGUGUCGCAUCUUCGUUGGCAUCAACCAAUUCAUGACGAAUGUCAAGAUUUCACUGGUUGGGAGCUCUUCGGUGAACGAGCAAUCCGUCGUGGAAACUAUAAAGCUGUGUAUAUUCCCAAAAGACCACUUCCGCAUGAGACUAGAUGGGAGUUGUAUGAUUUGGCGAAAGACAAAAGUGAAUUGAAAGAUUUGGCAGCAGACAAACCGGAAGUGUUGAAAGAACUGACUGAAUUAUGGUUCAAAUAUGAGAAUGAAACUGGUGUGAUCGUAGCACCGAAUCCUUAUGAACUUAGUUACAAAGAUUUAUUGGUAUUGAAUAAUGAGAACAACGCUCCUUUAAUUGAUUACAGUACAUUAAAAAAAUAUGAAUCAUUAAUAAUCGAUUUAGAAGAAACUACAUAUGAAGCAAAAUUCAAAAAAAUAUGUAAUACAAUUUCAACACCACUAAAACAUGAAUUAUUAGCACUUUUUCAAUUGAAAACAAUACGAUUUGACCCAUUGCAUGAGAAAUUAUGCGCUGCAUUACUUGAUGGUAAUUAUGGUGCUACACAUAUUUCAGAAGAUACAUAUAAUGAUAUGGUUCCUAUUUAUCAGAAAAUUGCAGAUGUUAUUGGCAUUUUAGAUUAUAAACAAUUUAUUAAAAUUGUUGUUUGUAGACAAAGAUGCAGUGUAGAUCAGCACAAAUUAACAGAUAAUUAUCUUAAUCGAUGCAAGAGAUCUCACAUGAAACCAAUUUUUUGUGGAUUUAUUUAA